AUGUUCCACGACGGCGAUCUCCAAAGCGGAAUCUCGCGAGCGAUUGCUGAGCAGAAGCUCGUUGCCUGCUUCGUCCGACAAGACGAUAAUGAGGAAAGCCGGAUAUGGGAAGAGGAGUGGCUCGGGCAAAAGCCGCACCCAAGCUCAUCUGAAGCAUGGAGCGGUGGCAUGGGCGAUGUCUUCGCGACAAAGGCUGUCUUGCUGCGGAUAGAAUACGGCAGUCAGGAAGCCAACUUCCUCAACGCCUUCUGCCCCGUCACCAAGGCGCCGACGUUUGCUAUCAUCCGCAAUGGAGAGGUUCUGGAUAAGUUGGAGGGAGGGUUGGGAAAGCAAGAGUUCGUGGAGAGAGUGAGCAAGGCUCUUGGCAUUGAGGUCUCGUUCAUGACGCGGCAAGAAUACCACGAGAGAAGAGAAGAGCAAGGCAACCGAAGUACAAACGAGGUGGUAGAUGCUGAGAAUUUGCGGGAGGAGAGCGCGUCGCAAUCACACGCUGCGCACGCAGAUGCAGACCAUGUUGCAAGCUCACAUUCCUCGGAGAUAGCGCCACAACAUGUCUCUCAAGCGAACAUGUCAAAUCUCUUCCCAGACCGAGCUCAACGACUCGAAGUAGAGAAAGCCAAGCGAGAGGCAGCUGAGAAGGCAGAAAAGGCAGCGCGUGCCAAUGCGCGGAAGAAGGAAGCGGAAGAAGCGCAUGCUUUCCACAAGGGUGAUAAAGGCAAGGGCAAAGAACCAAGCGAAGCCGUUGAGAAAGAGAAAGCGAGACGAGACUGGCUGGUACAACAAAAACAACGCAAAGACGACGCGAAACGAGAGAGGGAGCGGAUCCUGGCGCAAAUCGAAGCAGAUAAGCAGGAGCGGAAGGCGAGGUCACAACGAGCGCCUGAAGGUCCUAGUGAACCUCUACCACCGUCUGCCGAUGCUGCGUCGAGGAGAAGGAUGGGAGCUGGAGGGAUGUGCAAUCUUGCUAUUCGCCUUUUCGACGGCUCCUCCAUCAAAGGCCGAUUCGAGCCGUCUUCCACUUUGGCUACAGGUGUACGGGACUGGAUCAAGGAGACUGCGGCAGGUGAAGGCGCUGCGGACAUACCGUUCACAUUCAAGCAAAUCCUCGCUCCACAACCGAGUCGCAGCAUCGAGAUUUCUGAAGAACAUCAAUCAUUGCAGGAGCUUGGGGUGGUUCCGAACGCCACGCUCGUGCUCGUUCCAGUCAGUGGCUACACCGAAGCAUACACCAGCAGCGGAGGACGAGGGUACAUGAGCACCGCACUGCACGCCGCGUACGGCGUAGUCAACACCGCCACUGGACUGGUCUCGUCCGUAAUAUCCCACAUUCCCGGCCUCGGAGGCCGCGAUGGAACUGGUUCAGAAGCUGCAUCGACAUCAACAGAAGACACCGCUGUGCGGACGUCAACCGAGAGCGGUGCGUCGAGCUUCAAAGUCAAGACUAUGGCAGAUCAGCGGGCUGAGACGGCGAGGAAGCAAGACCAGAAGAAUGAGUUCUAUAAUGGCAACUCGUCGGCGUUUGAGGGGAGGAAGGAUGAUCAGGAUGAGAAGAAAUGA